AUGGAAAACGUCAGCAGUUUCGUCUCGGAUAAAAUUCCCUCGUACCUCGAAAAGGGAUUGUCCCAAGAACAAAACUCUUCCGCGAUUUUAACAGUUGUUCUUGCUGGAAUUAUCACAGCAGCAAUUUAUUCAGCACUGAAGAAGAUCAAGGUUGGAACUGUUUUUCUGUUCUGUUGGAAUUGCUUUUUUAAGCCAUUUUUACCUUCCUCAAAAAGACGCUCGGAUCAUGCCCCCCAACAGCAGGCUUUGGAAACUUUUUACGAAACGCAAGCGAGUAUAUACGACUCUACGAGAUCUGCACUUUUGAAGGGAAGGGAAGACUCGUUGAAGUUAUUAGUUUCCCACGUUCAAAAAAUUGACAACUUAGUGUGGGUGGACGUUGGAGGAGGAACGGGCCAUAAUGUUGAACAGAUGAUUUCUAUUCUUCCUUUGAAGCAUUUUAAGGCAAUCUAUAUUGUCGAUUUAUCAUCUUCUCUAUUGGAAGUUGCUCGUCAAAGAUUUGAAGGUCAAGGAUUUACAAAUGUUCAUUUUAUGUUAGCUGACGCUUGUACAUUCACAAUUCCAGAGCAACAAGCUGAUAUUAUAACCUUUUCCUAUUCCCUUUCGAUGAUUCCAACGUUCCAUUCCGCUAUCGACCAUGCCGCGGACCUUUUAAAAAAGGAAGGUCUCAUAUGCUGUGUUGAUUUUGGAAUUCAAAGCAGUGCGAAUACUAUUGGAAAAGUCAAUACUGUCGCUUGGUUUGAAGCUGACCGUGUUUUUCUAGAUCCUGCUAGAAGAGAUUACCUUGAGUACCGUUUUGGCACCAUCAAGUCCCUGAACCUCUAUAAUAAUAUUCUUGGAAGAAUUCCAUAUUAUAUUUGGUUAGGUUGUGAUAAAAGCAAGUCGUCGUCUUUGUUGUACAGAAUUAAUGCGCUAGCAACUGAAUCGCCUUAUUUGGCCCCAAAGGAUGUUCCUAGUUCAGAAGUAUUAACGGUCAAAACAAGUAAGAGUCACGAGGCCGCUAUGUCUAAUGAGUCCAGAAACCUACCUUAUCCUUCCAUGUAUUAUCAGAAAGACAUUUAUCGUGUUUAUUAUGAUGAGCAAAAGCCGGUCUAUAGGCAAUUUAAAGAUCAGUAUAUAUAUGCCUUCACUUGGGAAGACCCACGGGAAGACGAUCGUAUUUUGCAUUUCACUAAGGAUGAUACAGUUUUAGCCAUUACAUCUGCAGGUGAUAAUAUUUUGUCAUAUGCUUCUUUAUCUUCUCCUCCAAGAAGAAUUCAUUGUGUGGAUUUGAAUCCUUGUCAAGGUCAUCUACUAGAGCUUAAAUUGGCUGCAUUUAAAUCCCUAUCAAGAGAAGAAAUAUGGCAGAUGUUUGGUGAGGGAAAAAUUGAUGACUUCAAAAACUAUCUUCUUAAAAUGUCGGCCCAUAUGUCCUCUAAUGCAUUCCAGUUUUGGUACAAAUAUGGUCCAAAAACUUUUGACAUCAAAGGAAAUGGUCUUUAUUUUACCGGUUUCUCAAAAUGGCCUUUGAAAUUCACUAGAUAUAUUUUCAAAAUGGCUGGAAUGGGAGACUACGUGGAAGAGUUGUGUAAUGCGAAGACCAUGAAACAGCAAAGGUUAGUUUGGCAGACAAAACUCAGAUCAAAACUCCUUAAUCCAGUCUUUUCGACUCUCUUCAUUGGCAAUCCUUUUUUCCUUUGGAAGGCAUUAGGUGUUCCUGCAAAUCAAGCUUCCUUGAUGGGGUCAUCCGUUUUUAAAUAUCUUGCCGAUACGUUGGAUCCAAUUAUCAAUAAAUACAUGAUUUCGGAUGAUAAUUACUUUUACUACCUCUGCUUGAAGGGAAAGUACUCCAAAAGUAAUUGUCCUGACUACCUCACCAAAAGUGCUUUCCGGAAGUUCACAUCUAAUGAUAGUCCAUUAAACAACAUUAGAAUUCACACAGACUAUCUCAAUGAUGUGUUUUCCAGAAUGACAAAACAUUCGUUAACAAUAGCCAUUAUUAUGGAUCAUAUGGAUUGGUUUUCUAAGGAAGGAUCUGAAGCAAAUGAGGAAAUUGAAGCUUUGGAUGGUGCUCUUGCUCCUGGUGGGAGGGUGAUGUUGCGUUCGGCAUCAAAAUCGCCAUGGUACAUUAAAAAUUUUGAAGAAUUUGGCUUUAAAUGUACACCAGCAGCUGUCCGUGAGGAUGGAACAGCUAUCGAUAGGGUUAACAUGUAUGCCUCUACUUGGCUCUGCGAAAAGCCUCUUGAAAAAGCAAGAAAUAUGAGCACAUUGGAAUUAUAA